UGGCAAUGGACCACAAUGCAGCCCCUGGACACAGAUAGGUUGCCUACCUUUCCUCUGGAAAAAGUAUCUCUUUGUAACAAGCUUCUACACAGGUCAAGCGAUGUAGGAUCUGACUCGGUGGUGUUUUUGUUUCAGUUGGAAUCUCACUAUGACACAGACUGUCCGAAGGCUCCGAUUGCCUGUACCUUCAGCACUUUUGGAUGUCGAGAGAUGAUGCAGCGCAAUGACCUGGCGCAGCACAUGCAGGAGUUCACUCAGAUGCACAUGCGCUGCAUGGCUGAGUACCUGCACAGGCACAGCCUUACCGGGUACACCCAGCCACCUUCUUCUGAGGACCGAGGAGCUGCCGCCGCAGAGCUGGGGGCACACCCAGGAGCUAGCAGCAGUGGCGCCCCCUGCCAGUGCUGCGGGGAACUGCAGACCAUGCGGGAGACCACCCAGCAGCUGGAGGGACGUCUGGUGCGGCAGGACCACCAGCUACGUGAGCUGAGCAUUCAGGCGGGGCUGGUGGCGGAGCUCCGUCGUAAGGUCACCUCGCUGGAGGAGAACCUAAAGGAGCUGGAGGCCAAGCAGUGCCAGGGCGUGUACGUGUGGCCCUUGGAGGGCUUCUCGGGCUACCUACGUACCCAGGCUGCCGGACAGCCUGUUGUGGUGCACAGCCCGGGCUUCUACACGGGCCGGCCGGGCUACAAGCUGUGUCUGCGCCUCCACCUCCAAACGCCCUCGGCACAGCGCUGCUCCAACUACAUCUCACUGUUCGUUCACACCAUGCAGGGGGAAUUUGAUGGGCAGCUGUCGUGGCCCUUCCAAGGCACCAUCCGGCUGGCUGUGCUGGACCAGGGGCCUGAGGGCCAGCACCAUGUGGAGGUGAUGGAGACCAAGCCCGACCUGCAGGCCUUCCAGAGACCCACCAUCCAGAGGAACCCCAAGGGCUUUGGCUACGUCACCUUUCUGCACUUGAUGGAGCUACAGCAGCGGGGGUUUGUGCAUGACGACACGCUGCUGGUGCGCUGCGAGGUGACGCCGCGCUUCGACACCGCCCUGAGGCGCGAGGGGGCGGCCAUGCAGCCCAGAGGGCCCGAGGCCUCGCUGUGAGGACACUUUUAACGUUCCAAGUGACGAGGUCAAUCACCACCAACGUUAUCAGUACAAAGUAUCAGUUUGCCAUUUCCCUGAGUUGUUGUAUCACACAGGAUCAUUGCAUUGGGUUCAGUCAUGACCAACAUCAUGGGAAAGUGUACGGCUCAGUCGUGGGUUUUAUCUCCAACUCUAAAAGGCUUUUCUUUGCUGUAGCUGUUGAGUGAUGGACUGGAUGUUGGUGGCGAUGAACACCAAUGUUUCCUGCAACAAGUAGAGAGCUGUAUGGGUUUUAUCUGCAUUUUUGUCAAAAUUGAGUUAUUGACAUUAGCCUUAUUCUGUUCAAUGUUCUCUACCUAUAUAUUCCUCUAAAUACCCCAAUUCAUGUUAAGUUCAAAAGAAUACAAGAUUUUAAAAAAAUGGCUGACACCAUUUAAACCAAUGAGGGUUCAGAACUUUAAAGCUGAUCUCACAAUCAUCUAUUUGCAGACAGAACGUUCUAGUCCCAAGCUCUGUGUUCCAUCACUGAUCCAGCAAUGUGUCGCAGGCUACUGUACUGCUCAACAGAUAGGAUUUCAAAAUGUCUUAUGGUGCCUACAUUAGGUUGUAAUAAACAUGACUUUGGUUUCAGUGCAUCGUUCUUUGUGACAGCUUUUGUAGUGGAGACCGACAAAGUCUCGUUAAUUAUCAUAACAUGUUAUUACAGUUUAUGAUAUUUAUGUCAAGCUCAAAGUCAUGUUUAUGACAACUUUAUGUUGGCAUUAAAGAAGCCAAUUCAAAUAAGAUGUUACUAGAAGUGUAUUUCAGUUGGAGAUUAGGAAGGGGACAGAGAGUGAUGUAGGAUAGAGAGAUACUCAAUCAAAUGAAUCCCUUUAAGCGCUUUCUACAAAGCACGGCGAGGGCUGGGGCAGGACCAUCUGUAGGCAGGAGAUGACCAGACGCAGAACUACCUAUCAACCUAACUUACAUCCUGGAUGACGAGAGUCAGGAUCACUGGCAUUUCCCUGGUCUUCUGGUUGGAGGAUCAUACAGGGAAGAUGGGGCAACGUCCUAACCUGGUCUUCUGGUUGGAGGAUAAUACAGGGAAGAUGGGGCAACGUCCUAACCUGGUCUUCUGAUUGGAGGAUCAUACAGGGAAGAUGGGGCAACGUCCUAACCUGGUCUUCUGAUUGGAGGAUCAUACAGGGAAGAUGGGGCAACGUCCUAACCUGGUCUUCUGGUUGGAGGAUAAUACAGGGAAGAUGGGGCAACGCCCUAACCUGGUCUUCUGAUUGGAGGAUCAUACAGGGAAGAUGGGGCAACGUCCUAACCUGGUCUUCUGAUUGGAGGAUCAUACAGGGAAGAUGGGGCAACGUCCUAACCUGGUCUUCUGGUUGGAGGAUAAUACAGGGAAGAUGGGGCAACGUCCUAACCUGGUCUUCUGGUUGGAGGAUAAUACAGGGAAGAUGGGGCAAUGUCCUAACCUGGUCUUCUGAUUGGAGGAUCAUACAGGGAAGAUGGGGCAACGUCCUAACCUGGUCUUCUGGUUGGAGGAUAAUACAGGGAAGAUGGGGCAACGUCCUAACCUGGUCUUCUGGUUGGAGGAUCAUACAGGGAAGAUGGGGCAACGUCCUAACCUGGUCUUAAGACAUCUUCUGGUUGGAGGAUCAUACAGGGAAGAUGGGGCAACGUCCUAACCUGGUCUUCUGGUUGGAGGAUCAUACAGGGAAGAUGGGGCAACGUCCUAACCUGGUCUU